ACCGCCAACCCGCGCACCCUGUUGCCCACCCAAGCCUCCUUACCUACCUACCUACUACCUACCCACGCACCUAGACGGCGCGACUGCAUCGCAUUUUGUUCACUGUGACGCUGCGACGCUGCCAUAUCGCCAUCUCUGUCUCCCACCCUUGCCCUAUCCUUGGCGCGGACCUGGCACUCACGCGCCGGUCCUUUUUGCGCAGUGUCUAAUUCACAGCACCGCCCACACCUACUUUGACCUCGCCCCCUUUUAAUACUCCCCCAUCCCUCCCUUGCCAGAUACCAUGGCGGAUACUGCCGGCUACCCGACAGACAGCAAGUUGGAUGCCCACAACAGCGUCCACACCAACAAGCGAAAGCGCGACACGCGCGACCAAGGCAUCAACCGGCCCGCACCCCACAACUCCAACAGCGACUUGACCGACCAGGCCACUGCCUCGUUCCUUGCCGCGCACAACGCCGCUGACGACGACAUGCAACAGCAAUUUGACGUGCACCACAAUGGCGGCACCAACACGGCCAGUGUGGGCGAUACCGCAGCCGCCGCCCUUGCCUACCACCAGAUGACAGUGCCCCAAGCGACCGAGCUCCAAUUCCAGCCCCAAAACUCUGGUGACGGCUCGUUUGGAAUGGGCGACCAUAACCAACAACAAACGGGCAUGCAGGACUUCAGCCUCGAGGCCCUCAAGGCUGCAACACAGACGGGCCGCCCAGGUCAAGCAGCGCCCAGCGACUCACCGCCGCAAAGCGCCACCCACAAGCCCCAAGUUGGCACAGAAGAGUGGCACAAGGUGCGGAGGGACAAUCACAAAGAAGUUGAGCGCCGCCGUCGCGAGACUAUCAACGAAGGCAUCAACGAACUCGCCAAGAUUGUUCCAGGCUGCGAGAAGAACAAGGGCUCGAUCCUCCAACGCGCCGUACAGUUCAUAACCCAGCUUAAGGAGAACGAGCAACAAAAUAUUGAAAAAUGGACUCUUGAGAAGCUGUUGACUGAGCAGGCCAUCACCGAGCUCAGCGCCAGCUGUGACAAGUUCAAAGCAGAGUGCCAACGUGCAUGGGACGAGUGCCAGAUUUACAAGCGUGCGUGCGAGAACAACGGCAUCCUGCCUGACGAAAUCAAAGAACGCCAAGAAAAUGGCGAGCAAACGGGGGCAAAUCCAAUGUAGAGUGGUGAUUUUGCUUUUCUGGGUCCUUCAGUGGAGCAUGUUCUUUGGACACGAUGCUGACGAAGUUUUUAUUACUCUUGGGACAUACAUGUGCGCUUCUUUUCUGCAGGGGCGUUUACCCCCCCUGUUGUCUUUCAUUGGCACGUGUAGUGCUGAUCAAGGCUUCCUUUUGACUAGGCGUACGGGAGUGCAAGUCUC